AUGGCUGAUCGUCGAAUUCGUCAGUUGGUUGCCGAUUCAAAACUGAGUGAUUUUGAUCCCGAAAAAUCCGAUCGUGAAAAGCGAAAAUUAACGCGUAAAAGUUAUGCCGAAACCGCUCAAAUACAGCGUGGUCCAGUUACAAUUUUUGACGAGAAAGGCAGAUAUCGCGCAAAGAAUGCUGAUGUUUGUGAUUGUUUAGAUAACACUUGUCCCGGUUGCCAUUUUCCCUGUCCCAACUGUAAGAAUACAAAAUGUGGAUCCGUGUGUCGUGUCAAUCGAAAAUGGCCAUUUGAAUGUAUUGAACACGAUGGAAAAGAUCUGGUGAUUAAAAAUAAAUUGCUAGAAAAAUGA